AUGGCGGAGUGCUCGUUCGCUCGCUGUCAACAAGAGCGACGCGCCAUACGCAGGGAGCUCCAACGCUGGACCAAGAACAUGGUCUACAUACUGGUUGAGAGUCGUAUAAUAAUAUUAGUUUCGUACAGUACUGUGAAGUGUCUAGUCGAAGUUUUCCAGCGUCGUGCCAGCGAGAAGUUGUGGAUAGCAACAAGUGGUCGCCUGAUGCAUUCCCCGGUAAAUGUGCCACUGUUAUACUUUGCAUGGCCGCUUUACGGGAUUACCUACCCUCUACCCGGGACCGGGAUACGGGACCGGGAUACGGGAUUGGGAUAA